UAAAGAUUUGUUGAUCAAAACAAAAUAUCUACCAGAUGCGUAUUGUACUGCUUAUAGCUAUAAUAAGCAUUUUGGCAACAUCAACGGCUAAAAAUGUGAAUAACCUAGAACCUAAUAGUGAAAAAGAUGAUGAACAAACAGACUUAGAAGGAAAUGACGACGAUGAUGAUAAUGAAGUUAUAGUAGAGAGUAUCUACAAUCCUCAAAAUCAAAAGCCUUCUCGAGUACUAACACAACAAAGACCAGCUAGACAAAAUCAUAAGUCUUCCAGUGUAUUACAAAAAAGACCAGCUGGACAUGGAGUUGAAAAAGCUUUAGGAAUGGAAGUGGCAAGCGCAUUAGAACCCAAAGAAACAGAAUAAGACGACCUGGGAGAAACAAAAUUGGCAGAAGAAAAAUUAAAUUUAGAAAACGUAGAUUGUAUAUUUGAAUAUGAAUUGGAAAAUAUAAAAAUGUUCAAAUUUA